AUGCCAGCGAAUCACCGGUUUAGCUACCGGUUAAUCUUCCUCCUCCUUCUCUGUUUCAAAACGGCACAGCGUUUAGUCUCCGGUGACCCGAACGACGAAGCGUGCUUGGCGAAUCUCCGUCUAAGCUUAGAGGAUCCGGCGAAUAACCUCAUUAACUGGACUAAACCAUUCUUCUCCAAUCCUUGCUCCGGUUUCACUUCUUAUCUUCCCGGAGCCGUUUGCAACAACGGCCGAAUUUACAAGCUCUCCUUGACCAACCUCUCUCUCCGUGGCUCCAUUUCUCCUUUCCUCUCUAACUGCACAAAUCUCCAAUCUCUAGAUCUAUCUUCCAACCAAAUCUCCGGCGAGAUUCCGGCGGAGUUACAGCUGUUAGUCAACCUCGCUGUUCUUAACCUCUCAUCUAACCGUCUCUCCGGUCAAAUCUCACCUCAGCUCACUCUCUGCGCUUACUUAAACGUCAUCGAUCUUCACGAUAACCAACUCUCCAGUCAAAUCCCAGAACAAUUCGGGCUUCUCGCGAGAUUAACGGCGUUCGAUGUCUCGAACAACAAAUUAUCCGGUCCGAUUCCGGUGAAUCUGGCGACUCGAAACGGAAAUUUCCCGAGGUUCAAUUCGAGCUCGUUCGUAGGGAACAAGAAGUUGUACGGAUACCCAUUGGAGGAGAUGAAGAGCAAGGGAUUAUCAGUUAUAGCGAUCGUUGGGAUUGGGCUUGGAAGUGGAAUCGCGAGCUUAGUGAUUAGCUUCACAGGAGUCUGUAUUUGGUUGAAGAUGACGGAGAAGAAAAUGGAGGAAGGUGAAGGAAAGAUUAGUCACUCAAUGCCUGAUUACUGA